AGUCGAUAUGUUCAUAAAAGCAGAGCCUGCCGCUGAGACGGCAUUACUAUGUAGCGAGAGAUCUCUAAUUCCGUGCCUCAGGCGCAAUGUUAACCAUCCGCCUUCACCGGGCUUUACUAAAGCCCGACAAACAAAUGCACCAAUUCCGAAUUUUCAUUUGCUCCCAGCUUUAAAAAGCCAAAAUUUCAUUUCGCCUCUGCUUUUCAAACCAUAAUGGCGAUCCCAUCGUCCACAAACUGUCAAUAUCAUCAUUUACAUCAACAGUUCCCGGUUCUGCUCCAUGCCCCUUGCGAGAGAAAAGUAUCUUUUUAUUGAAGUAGAGCAAUGACUUCUACAAUAUUCAAGAGAUCUCGGGGCCUAACGACUCCUCAGAGCGCCAAAUUGGCAGCAAAAGAACCAUUAAAUUUGGCCACAACACACGUCGGCGAGAUGCCUGAAGAUGUUGCGGUCGAAAAUGAUUUGAGAAACCCCGACGGAACCUAUCAGGAGCAGCCGGCCACAAGGACUGCUCUCCUACUCAUCUCGGUCCUCAUAAGCAUGUUCCUGGUCGCUCUAGAUAGAACUAUCGUCUCAACGGCAAUCCCUCAAAUCACUGAUGAAUUCAAUUCCCUUACUGACGUCGGCUGGUACGGAAGCGCAUAUUUGUUGACAUGUUGCGGGUUUCAGCUCUUGUUUGGAAAAUUUUACACAUUGUACUCUGUGAAAGGCGUCCUUCUCGCAAGUAUCCUACUAUUUGAGAUAGCCUCUGCACUCUGUGGAGCUGCGCCUAACUCGGUGGCCUUCAUCGUUGGAAGAGCACUCUCUGGAGUGGGCGCCGCGGGCAUCUUUGCUGGGACUAUUGUGUCCGUUGUCUAUGUUGUUUCCUUGAAAAAUCGUCCAAAAAUACAAGGCCUCUUCGGUGCCCUCUUUGGCAUUGCUUCGAUUGUGGGCCCAAUGAUUGGCGGGGCUUUUACCUCAAAUGUAACGUGGAGGUGGUGCUUCUAUAUCAAUCUACCUAUCGGUGGCGUGGCGAUGGUUGUCAUCGCAAUGUGUCUCAGGGUUCCCGAACGAGAAACAACCAAGCUCCCCUGGACGGAAAAGCUGUUGCAACUCGAUGCUCUUGGUACUACAGCCCUAUUACCUGGUAUGGUCUGUCUUCUAUUGGCCCUCCAAUGGGGUGGCCAGACGUAUUUUUGGAACAACGGGCGUAUUAUAGCAUUGUUGACACUUACAGGAGUGUUGCUUGGUGCAUUCGUUGCUGCCCAGAUAUUCCUCCCUAAGACAGCAAUGAUCCCUCCGCGUAUUUUCAAGCAGCGGAGUAUCGUGGCCGGGUGCUGGGCGACCUUGUGCGUCGGCUCUUCGCAAUACAUAUAUGCAUACUUCCUCCCUAUCUGGUUUCAAUCCAUAAAAGGUGUCCCUGCCGUGGAUUCGGGCAUCCGCCUUCUGCCUAUAAUGCUAUCAAUGGUUAUCGGCUCAAUUCUCGCUGGAAUCACAACUUCGAAGAUCGGAUACUACACGCCAUUCGCAAUCGUAGGAUCUUGCAUCAUGUCUGUGGGAGCCGGGCUCCUUACAACCCUCCAGAUAGACACAGGUGAAGGGAAGUGGAUCGGUUAUCAAGUCCUGUACGGAUUCGGCAUGGGUUUGUGUUUCCAACAGCCGAACCUUGCAGUGCAGACCGUAUUGCCGACGGAGGAUGUGCCGAUUGGUUUGGCGCUGAUGUUUUUCAGUCAACUCCUGGGUGCAGCGGUGUUCGUCUCGGUUGGGGAAAACGUACUAGGCAAUCAGCUUUUGCACCGGCUUUCUGGGGUCCCUGGAUUUAAAUCAAGUCUUAUUACAUCCGGUGGCGUCACGUCGCUCCUUAACUCGCUGUCUACGAAUCACCGGGAGACAAUCGUCGCAGCUUACAAUGAGGCGCUGCGGAGGGUCUUUCAGAUCGGGCUGAUCCUUUCGUCUAUUACCGUCCUCGGCGCAGGCGCGUUGGAAUGGAGGAGCAUCUUGAAGAAGCCGGAGGCGAAUGCAAUCCCUGAUAUUAACAAAGCGGCUGAAGAGAAGAAGCUCGGGGCCAAUACCAGUUCGAAAUCGGACUCAGGGACGGUGGGUUAGCGUCAGAGAGAAAAGGACAAAUUAAGCCACCCGCUCAUGUCAGGGACUACAAAACGGACUCAAUUCAACACUCGUUUAACAAGCUGAGCAUAUCCUUAAAGAUCCAGACA